AUGGCAGAAGGCUAUGAUCCUGGGAAUGUGUUCAAUCAACAAGAUGUCGAGGCGACAGUAUUAAUCUUCUUCUACCCAUUGUUGAUUGCCCUCUGCCUCUAUGUGAUUGUGGGAGCUCUUCGCCAACAAUCUGCUGCGAGGACUGUCUUGUUGAUUCUGACGAGUACACUGUGCGGCCUUGUUAUUGCAAGGAAUCUUUCACCAGCGCCUCAUGGGUUGCGGUCACACGAUACUGACCCAAAAGACCUGUACCCAGCUUAUAACCUAUCCGUUCCUGUUGACCAUUUUCACAAUGACUCGAGAUACGAGCCCCAUUCCAGCGAGACGUUCAACCUCCGUUAUUUCUUUGACGCCCAAUACUACAGGCCAGGAGGGCCGGUCAUAGUCUUGCAAAGUGGUGAAACAGAUGCAACUGACCGUGUACCAUAUCUUCAAAAGGGGAUCGUGGCUAUUCUUGCGAGGGCUACCAACGGCAUUGGUGUGGUUCUUGAACACCGUUACUACGGAACCAGUUUCCCAACCGAAGAUCUCUCUACGGAAAAUCUUCGUUUCCUAUCAACCGACCAAGCAGUCGCCGACCAGGCCUACUUUUCAUCUCACAUCACCUUCCCCGGGUUGGAGCAUCUAGAUUUGACGGCACCGAACACCCCUCACAUUGCUUAUGGCGGGUCAUAUGCCGGUGGCAUGGUCGCCUUUCAGCGCAAGCUCUAUCCUGAACUGACUUGGGGCGCCAUUUCAUCCUCGGGAGUCACAGUGGCACUGUAUGACUUUUGGCAAUACUAUGAGCCCAUUCGAGAAUACGCACCUUCCGGUGUUGUGGAGACGCAGACAAAACUGAUCAACAUCUUGGACAACAUUCUCGACAAAAAUGACUCCCACCAAGUCGGCGAAUUGAAGGGCCUGUUCGGAUUGCAGGACUUGACCUUUAACGACGACUUCGCAAACGUCGUCUCUAGCAGCAUGGGUUACUGGCAGUCCACUAACUGGGACCCAGAAGUCAGUAAUCCCAAGUUUGGAUACUAUGCGGGCAAUAUUACAUCGGACACUUUGUUGUGGCCUGGUCAUGAGAAUCGGACAGGGUCUGCUACCUACCUCGUCGAGGCUGGUGGAUGGGGGAACGAGAGCAGUCGUCUAACGACUCGUCUCCUCAACUUGGCGGGUUGGACUGAGGCCCACUCGGUCUCCUCGUGCAAGUCGACGCUGGACGAAUGCUAUGGCUAUCACAAUGAGUCAGCGGCCAUGUACGCCGACAAAAGUGUAUCCAAUUACAACGCUCUUUCAUGGGCCUAUCAGUAUUGCACAGAAUGGGGUUACAUCCAAACCGGAUCUGGAGUGCCCGACGAUCGCCUCCCGCUGAUAUCACGGCAGUUAACUCUGGAAUAUUUGACACAGGUAUGUCGAUAUGCAUUCAACAUAUCGAGCCCGCCAGACGUAGAAGCAGUCAAUAAGUACGGAGGGUACAACAUUUCCGCCGAGAGGUUGGCCAUUAUCGGAGGCGAAACCGACCCUUGGCGACCAGUAUCUCCGCUUGCUUCGUUGCCAAUUCGCGAUCAACUCAAUAGCACUUGUUCGAGCAGAGAGCCACGGAUUGUCAUCCCAGGAGCUGUCCACCAUUGGGACGAGAAUGGAUUGUUCGCGAAUGAGACUACAACAGACCUACCACCAGUUGGGGUGAGAGACGCUCAAGCGGAGUUGCUUGAGGCAGUACAACUAUGGUUAGCGGAUUUUGCCCAAUGGAAUCAAACACGGUCGGCAUGA